AUGUAUAGAGCUUCGAUAAAGGUUGUAAGAGAAGCAGAGCUUCCUCUUGUGUUUAUUCAUCUGUGGGCCUGUUGCUAUGUUUUGCUAAGAUUUGCAGUCGGUAGUGAACAAAGAUUCUGUUCAGCUCCUCCUUCUGAGGUGGAAGACAACUCCAUUAAAUCACAGUAUUGGAAAGUCACUAAUCCAACUCUUUCUCCUCUACAUCUUCAAGAUUUACCAGGUUUUACUCGCAGUGUGUAUAAAAGAGAUCAUGCUCUUAUUACACCAGAAAGUCAUGUAUUUAGCCCUCUUCCUGAAUGGAAAAAUACAUUGGGAGCAUAUUUAGUUACGCCAGCAAUGGGGGCACAUUUCGUAAUGUACCUGGCUAAGAUGGAAGGUAUGAUAAUUUUUGUUGAAAUUUUUCAUGUUUUUGUUUUGCAGGAGAUUGAUUUUUUAAUUUUGUGGUUGCACUGCUUUCAAGUUCCGCACCACCCCCGAAAGAUGUUGAAAGGUUCAUUUUCGUGGUGGAAGGAAUUGUUACACUGA